AUGAGUAUACCCCCCCUCCCCCGCGCGCGCGUCGCCUUUAGCGGUACAAACCAACAGGCCCUGACCCUCCUGACGCCCAUCACGCUCAAGUACGGCGACGCGAUCUCGUGGGGAGACCUCAUCACGCUCACGGGAGACAUGGCCAUCUCGAGCAUGGGGGGUCCCAUCCUGGAAUUCUGCGCUGGUAGGCAGGAUGACUUCUCCGGCUACGACAGUCUCGAACUCGGACCGAGUGAGGAACAGGAGGCGACUGCUCCUUGCGCCGUGAACGGAACGUGCGAAGUUCCUCUUGGAACCAGUACGGUGGGGCCCAUCUACGUCAACCCAGGCGGGCCGAUCGGUGUCCCUGAAUCUACGGAAAGUGCCCCCCAGAUCCGUGAAGUUUUCGCGCGGAUGGGUAUGCACGACACCGAGACCGUGGCUCUCAUCGGCGGAGGGCUCGCGUUCGGCAAGUUCCGCUGGCCCACUUCGUCGCACAUGCCUUCGCUAAGCGACCGCCACCACCAUAACCUGCUUGCCCCCACGUAUGCUGGCCAUCCCGUUCGAUGUCUACAGGAAAGAUUCACGGGGCGUGCCCUACCGGUUCCUGGCGCAGACCCCAUCGACGCCCCCGAAGACCCCUGGCCGGGAACGUGCGGGGACCCCGAUUCCGACACCUUCGGGCAAGGCGAGAACACCUUCACCUAUGGCUUUGAGAGAGCAUGGACGGAAGAGCCCACGGACACCGAGUACCUCCCUAUCGUGGAAGAGUUCGCCUCCAACCAAGAAGCCCUGGAUAUCGCCUUCUCUAACGCCUGGUACAAACUCGUCACGCCCGACAUGGGCCCGCACACGCGCUGCGUCGGCACCGAUGUCCCCCUCCCGCAAGAUUUCCAACGCCCGCUCCCCGACACGCCGACGGUCCUCUCGAGCUACACGCGAGGGAUCGGUCAAAUCCUGGAGGCGGAUUCAACGCACGCGUCCCUGUUUUUGACCCUGGCCUACCAGUGCGCGUCUACCUUCCGGUCUACGGACUACACCGGGGGGGGCUGCGACGGUGCCAGGAUCAGGUUCCCGCUCCACAGCGAGUGGACUAGCAACGCGGGCUUGAGCACGCCCGUGAAGGAUGAGUACCCGGACAUCUUCUUCGCCGACCUGAUCGUCCUGGCUGGCCAUGUCUCCCUCAAGGAGGGCGGCUCUGUCCCCAAUCUAUCAUACUGCAAGGGUCGCGUCGACGCGGAGGAGGACGAUCCCAACCACGAACUCCUCGAUAUACUCGAGAGCCACACGCGAGUGGCGCAGAUGGUGGCGCUUGCGGGGCGCCCUCGCAGUUCUUACAUCAUGAACGCCCUUGGAUACAGCGGUUCCUACACGGAAGAUGAUGCAGCGGACUCUAGCGGAUUUUGCGCCGCAGAGGAGGUGGACGGAAUGGACGGCACGGAGUACCAGGCCGUCGGCAAGUCGGGGGUGUAUGUCCUCGCUACAGACCUAGCCCUGGUUUGGGACGCCGAGUUCAAGGCUCAGUCCAUCCUGUGCGCGCAGGACAACGACUACUUCCUAGAGCACUUCGGAUCUGCUUGGACCGCUUGGAUGAAUGCUGAUCGCUUCGACAGGAUGCAAUUAGGAUAA